UUUGUCUUUCAGCUCAGAGACCAUGAAUAAGGCUUUCAAUCUUGCAGUUGCCAUUCUCAGCCGCAUCUUGUUUACUGUUCAUGGCAUUCUAACUGUCUGGCGAGUUGUUGCAGUAAAGAGAAACCCAAUUUUCUGGCUCUUGCUGGCUGGAGUAGCACUUCUGAUGGUGGAGAUGGUAGCCACUCUUAAAUUCACCCACAAAGGGGAAUGGAAAUGGUUUUCUCCAAUGGUAUUUCUCUACCUGAGCACUGUCAUCCCAUCUAUCUGGUUUCUGGAAAUCGACAUGUUGCAAUCAAAACAGCCUGCCAAUGCUUCUGGUAGUAAUGCCACAGGCUUGUCCAGUGGUUUACCAAUCCCAGAGGACCUGAUUCACCUGAAUCCAGACAGCUGGACAGCAGGCUUAGAGCAGACAAUGCUUAUUAUAUUAGUUGUGGGGCGCUGGCUAAUGCCAAAAGGAGAUAUGUCCAGAGACCAGCUCUCCCAGCUACUAUUGGUCUAUGUUGGACUUGGUGCUGACAUUCUGGACAUCUUUGACACCUUCAAAGAGCCCGCGGUUGAGACAAACUACAACAUUGUAAUCAUCGGGCUUACCUUAUUCACCUGGGCGAUCAUUCAGUUUACUUUGGUCCUGACACAAACAACACCUUUUCAUACAGAUAUUAAGACUAAGUCUGAUGAAAGUGUAGUAGCACAUGCACGUAAAGUAGCAGGGAGCUGCUGUUUAUCAUGCUGUUCCAGUGAAAUCUGGAGCUUGUUGGUGACUGUAGGGAUGCAAGAUGGGCCCUUUCUCAUCUAUAGACUAUACCUGAUGAUCCAUGAAAAUGUCCUUAAUCAGCUGAUGAUCUUCUUUACAUGUAAGAAUAUUCUCACUGUAAUGAUUGAGAUUUACAGGAUUGCUGCGAUUCACAGUGAAGCAAAUAAGAAAGAACCUGACACACUUAACGCCAGUGUGACAACAGAAACAGGUGAGCAUGCAAAAUACUCUAAGGAAACAGAAUAGAAAGGAAGCCUUUAUGGAAACCAAUAUCAUCUAUUUUAAAUACCUCAUCAUAAACUUACUAAACAAUAAUCUGAAAACUACACUGUUGACCAAGGGCCUUGGAAGUAAAUCUCCCCAUCUUGACCUUAUGCAAAAAUAUUUACACAAGAAUGAAUACAUUUUUUACUUAAUCUAAUUUUAGGUUUCUGACAAAUGUAUCAUGUAAAAAUGAUAGAAAUGCAAUCAAGUGGACUUUACUGGAAUAAAUGUUUAUUUUAAAGCUGUUUUAUACAAUCAUCUCUUCAGUGGUUUUUAUGGUAACUUUGAAUGAGAAAUCUUUAUGAUGACUAAUUUCAGUGUUUUAUUGCAGCACUUAACAACAUUGUUUAAAAAUCUUACCAUAUAUGAUUUCCUAAAACUCAUUCUAUUUGAAUUUCCAACUGACACUAUACAAUUCAAAAGCACCAUUUUACUUGACAGUCCAGAAAUGAGGAACACAUAGGCUUUUUUUAUCCUACAACCUAAGUAAUAAGAAAGAGGGGAAAGGUCAUCAAUGUCUGUAGCACUAUAAAAUUUAGAAUCUUUUGACAUUAUAAGCAAAUAACAAAAAAAAUUAACAAAACAUAAGAAAG